AUGUCUCAGAGCGACUGGCUGAGGGCCCUCGCACCCUGUCCCUCUAACCUUGGCAUGUCCUCACACAGCUUGUCACGGAUUUCACAGAAGUUAAGUAAUGAAGAUCUCUCUCCAGAAGUAAGCCGCCGUCUAGAUGCACUUCAGGAGGAUAUAAUAAUGGUUCCAAAAGAACAGACACCACAACAUAUAUUUCCACAGAGAACCUGCAUGACCAUUAUUGACACAGAUAAGAGAGUAAAAGAGCAUUGCCCUAAUAACAAUGCAGAUCUUUCACUGACAUGCCUAGGGAAAGUUUUCAUGGAAGCAUUCACUGAACAGAGUGUAGAUAUUGGUGAAUUUGAAAUCAGAGAUUUGUUGAGAUCCCUCAGUGGUUCUGAGAGUCCUAGAAUGAUAAACCCAUUGCCUGACAAUCUAGAGUGUCAGGGUCAUGCCAUUUCCAUUGAUCCAUCAGCAGAUGAGAGCAGUGAUGCCCUGCCAGUACAGCUUGUGACAGCUCCAAAUGCCUCGUCAGUGUCUGUGGUACAACCUGUCACUCCUGUAGUUCCAAAUGAGAGGCAGUUAAAUUCAGAACCCAGUAUUCACAAGUUAGAUGAUGACUGUACACAAAUGAAAAAUGUGAUUGAGCCUCAACUUGCUACAAUUCAAGUGGAAGAAAUAGAAGCCUUAACAGGAUCUAGCUUGCAGAGGACAACAAAUGAGCAACCUGUGGGUGAUCAGCAGAGAGAGAAAGAAGUAAUUUCAGAUUGCUUGGGUGCCACCUCUAGUGAAAAGCAAACUGGGGAGGGAAGUUCACAUUCAGUGGAGUCUGCAGCAUGUGCAGAAACAGCCCAAACAGCAUUAAGGAAAGCAGUACAGUUAAGAGAGACCUCUUCAAGAAUGUGCAGAGAUCAUGUUUCCAGUCAUCGCCAAAUACUAGACGAGAUUCAGCAGAGGAUGUCUCAUAGUGGCAGGACAACAAGAAACAAAGCUAAGGAUUUUGUUAAAAUUCAGAAAUCUACUUCUAAAGACAAGCAGGAUCUAGAAACCAACUUAUGCCAAGAGAUAACUCUGAAUAAGGAUAGAAAAGCUCAACAGACAAGAAGGAGCAAGAGAAUCAAAAACAGACUAAGACAAGAAGCCUUUGGUAGGAAUUUUGUAAAUUCUGUUUACCCCAUUUCACUUUCAACAAUCAAUAGGAGGAAUAUUUAUGGUGAGACCUUACUCCAUAGAGCUGUUGAUCAUCAAGAUUUAGACCUCAUACGUAACAUAAUAAAAGCUGGUGGAAAUGUAAAUGUUAAGGAUUAUGCAGGCUGGACUGCACUACAUAUAGCAAGUGUGGAAGGCUUUUAUGGGAUAGCAAAUGAGCUUUUGAAAGCAGGAGCUGAUGUUAAUGCUAGAGGAAAUGAACAAGUAACACCAUUGCAAGAUGCAGUUAAAGAAGGUCAUUAUGAGUUGGCAGAGUUACUACUUUGGUAUGGAGCUGAUCCCUUUUUAAAAAAUGAGAUGGGAAGGUGUGCAUUAGAAGAAGCUUCUGACCUGUCUGUGAGGAAACUGCUUAAAAACUAUGUAGCGAAAUCCAGAAUAGAUUCAGUAUCAGAUGGAGAUGAUUCAAAGAAUAUGUUAAAUACUGAAAGUGUAGAGGAUACAAACCUGCACCAGAUUUCCUUACAGACAGAUGAGUCAGAACCAGCACGUGCAAAUCUUACGAAUUCAGACAGCAUGGACACACUGCAACAGAGUAUUGUAAAUGAGGUGCAAAACAUUUCUACUAAUACAUCUCAAGAUGCAACCAGCUGCACAGAACAGACACUUCAAGCAAACACAGAAACACUGUUACCACAUAAGCUUUUAGCAGCUACCAAGCUUACCAAUGGACAAAGUGUUUCUGGAAGUCCUUAUAGUUCUAUCAGUGGUAUACUAAGCACCACUGAGCAAAAGGCUCCACAGCCAGAGAAGGGAAGGAGGAUCCUGCUUAAUGCAGAAGAAGGUGUUGAAAGAUGUCACAUUGAAACUGAAAAUGCUAGUAGUUUAGAGAUUGAGCCUCAAACUUUACAACUCCAUGGAAAGGACACACUUCAAAUUAGACAAAAGAGAGAGGAUCUUCAGGAGACCAACUCAACAACAGAUGAAGAAGUGUUUGCAGGAGUAAAUGGAAUAGAAGGCCCUGGAAAAAAUGGAGAAGGAAGUGCAAAGGCCAACAUGCUUUCACACUUUACUGAAACAGAAGUUAUCCAAACUAAAAGAGUAAGAUUAGACUCUCAGAUGACGAACCAAAAGGCAGUCUCAUAUUCCAGUAGCAGCAAAACCAAGCUUUCAUCUACAAAAUCACAAUUCAGUCAAGCAUCAGAACAGCAAACAUCCAAGAAAUCAGGUGAAAAAAGGAAAAAAAAGAUAAAUGCAAAAGGGGAAACUCAGCUGCAUAUUGCUGCUAGGAGAGGAGAUUUGUCUUUGGUGAAAACUCUAAUAUCGUCUGGAAUUUGUGUCAAUGAACAAGACUAUGCAGGUUGGACAGCAAUUCAUGAAGCUUCCAGUGGGGGAUUUUCUGAAGUGAUCUUAGAAUUACUGCAAGCCGGUGCUAAUGUUAACAGCAGAAGCCUGAAUGGUAUUUUGCCAAUACAUGAUGCUGUUUCUGGCAAUUAUUUGGAGGCAGUAAGGAUUCUACUACAGCAUGGAGCAAAUCCCUGUGAGAGGGAUUGUUCAGGGAAAAGUGCUUUGGAUGAAGCUUGUGAUGAUGAAAUGAAAGAACUGCUGAAGUCUUACAGUUCUAUGGACUCUGUACUUCCUGUUGAGACUGUUGAAGUUACAGAGAGGAAAUACCCUUCUAGGUCCAGAAGAACAAAAUAUCAUUGUUGCAGCUACUGUAAAAAUGAUGAUGCAGCUUUGGAACCACAACGUGAGAAAUACAGUGUGGAGUCUGUCGUUGCCAUACAAGAUGCAGAAGAGAAGCAAAAAGAAUUGUUGCUACUUGAAUUGAGAACUUCCAAAGAUGCAG